AUGGCCGAAGUACAAUCACCACCUGCGCAAACAGCGCCGGCGCCCUCUGUCCCCGAAACAUCGCUCGAACCCUCCACAUCCGCCCCCACAUCGACAGAACUCGCGCCCAUGACGACUGAGCAGACCAUAAUCACCACCAACGCCGAAGGCAAAAAAGUCAAGAAGAUCAUCCGCCGCAAACGACGCCCAGCACGCCCCCAAGUCGAUGCCGCGACAUUCAAAACCGAAGCGCCACCGCCCACCGGCACAAUCUUCAAUAUCUGGUACAACAAAUGGUCGGGCGGCGACCGCGAAGACAAAUACCUGUCGCAGACACACGCACAAGGGCGCUGCAAUAUCGCCAAGGAUAGCGGCUACACCAAAGCCGACAAGAUGCCCGGCGCCUACUUCUGCCUUUUCUUUGCGCGCGGCAUCUGCCCCAAGGGCGUCGACUGCGAGUACCUGCACCGGCUGCCCGCCGUGACAGACAUGUUCCCGAGCAACAUUGACUGCUUCGGGCGCGACAAGCACAGCGACUACCGCGACGACAUGGGCGGCGUCGGCUCGUUCCAGCGCCAGAACCGCACACUGUACAUUGGGCGCGUGCACGUCACCGACGACAUCGAGGAGAUUGUCGCCCGCCACUUCCAGGAAUGGGGCCAGGUCGAGCGCACGCGUGUCUUGACGGCGCGCGGCGUCGCGUUCGUGACGUACAUGAACGAGGCGAACAGCCAGUUUGCCAAGGAGGCUAUGGCGCAUCAGAGUCUGGACCACGAUGAGAUCCUGAAUGUGCGCUGGGCGACGGUCGAUCCGAAUCCUGCGGCUGCGAAGCGCGAGGCGCACAGAAUCGAGGAGCAGGCUGCGGAAGCGAUUCGCAAGGCGCUACCGGCAGCCUACGUCGCCGAGAUCGAGGGCCGAGACCCGGAGCAGAAGAAGCGGCGGAAGGUGGAGGGGAGCUUUGGACUGCAGGGGUACGAUGCUCCAGAUGACAUUUGGUACGCCAAGGAGAAGGGCGACUGGGAGCAAGCACGGCAAUUAGAGUCUGGAGGCACUGAAAACAGGAAGAUGAUAGAGGCUGGCGAUGAUGAAGAUGAGGAGUACGGAGCUCUUAUGCCACAGCAGAAUGCGCAGGUCGGAGGAAACGGCAUAUUGUCCGGCUCAACGCUCGCAGCGCUGAAGGGAUAUACGGCGACUUCAUCGAAUAAAAGGCCAGCACCGGCAGGCCCUCUGUUGGCUGGGUAUGGCAGCGACGAUGACAGCGAUUAG